AUGGAGCCAACCAAUGGAGAAGGGCCUGAUGGCUCUUCACUUAAGCCAGUGUCCUCAUUACGAGCCCGAUUCGAGAACAUGGGCAACUCAACCAACUCCAACGUCAGCAAACCUGUCGAUGUUCCACCUGCUACAGCGCCAGCUGCCACCGGACCUCCUUCACGACCUAUCUCCCCAGCUCCCAAGCCGAACCGUCUACGUGAUUUCAAGCCUGGACAAGAAGUACCGCCGGCCAGUCCUUCAACCCCAGUAAUCCCUGCGAGACCAAAGCCUAAACCAGCGGCACUGUCUGUGAAUCACGAUGCCCCUCCCCCGCCGACAUCCGCACGACCAGCUCCGACCCCGAAACCACAACCAGUUCAGCUGCAACAACCACCUGCGUCGGUUACGCUUCCAGCUGUGACGGUUCUUCCACCUCAAUCGCCACCGAAGGGUCGAAUCUCAGCACUAGCAGUUGGAGACCAACCUUCGUUCGUAAACCCAGAUUCUGUCGCGACACCUCCAACACCAACCGGCGGUAGCCGAUCAUUCAAGAUUCCAAGUCGAUCACUUAAUACUUCACCAUCUCUCAAUACUCCCAAGUCUCCUCGCCCUGGCGGUUCGAGGCCACCGUCACCGCCUCCACCUAGACGUUCUGGGGAGCUGAUCAGGACUCGAGAAGCCAAGGUUCCUCCACCACCGCCGGCCCCUCGCAAUGAAAAGGCACUGAUACCUGCGCCUCCCAAGAUCGCAUCUAUUUCCGGGCCAACAGUCAUUGGGAAGGGUGGCAUCUCCCAGGAAAACUCGCCGUUUAACAGUCCGCCAAGUAGCUUGGGAUCUGGGGAGGAGACACCUCCAAAACUACCAACACGGCCAAGGCCACAAUCACACAUUGAACCAAGCAGGCCAAAAUCUGUGGUUGUGGGCUUUGAUCCUCCGCCUAUUCAUCAUUCGAUCACAACUAUGAGAAAGGAUCGUGAAGAGGCCAAUGGGUUCUCAAGAGGCCAUAUAACUCCUCAAGUAACUGGCGAGCCUCGGCCAGCACUACCUGCAAGACCUGCAAACUUUGACAUCCCGCCUCGACCUCCUCCAGUAAACAAUAAUAGUAAUAGCAUGCCUCCUCCCCCGCGUCCACAACGUCCAGCUGCAACGACAGCAGUGCAAGCCGUUGAUCCCGCGCCUACUUCUUCACCACCCAAACGAGUUGUUUCGACCCCUACGACACAGCAACCUCAGCAACAGCUUGCAGCUCCUUCACGAGGUCAUGGCAGGUCUAUGACGAUAGAUAGAGCCUCUGACCGAACACCAGCCGAGUUCCGUAUCGCCCCGACGACCAUUUCCGCCCCGAUUGCUGCUGCUGCACCUCCAAAGGCUGUGCAAUCCACUCCAGUUGUUGCCGCAAAAAUUGCUCCCAAGGCUGAGCCUAUUCAUCACGUUACCACAUAUCCCGAAGCUUCAAACACCAAUCGACGACCGCCCUUCAGCAAGCAUGGAACUUAUGAGAUUCCGACAAAGUAUGAUGCGAGAAGUUUCGAUGUUUGUGGUGAAUUUAUCUGCGCCAGUGGUUACAUGACAAGGGUGUGGAGUCUCAUAGACGGCGAGCAGAUUAUGAGCUUACAGCAUACUGAGGGAGUUAAGGCGACAGCGGUCAGCUUCAAACCCGCUGCUGACCCGCGAGAAGAAGGCAAGAGGCUAUGGAUCGGUACCAAUACAGGAGACCUCAUGGAAGUCGAGGUGGCGACGCAUGCCAUAACACCGAGCAAGCCAAAUGUCCAUGGUCGAAACGAAGUUGUACGGAUAUUCAGACAUUGGAACGAAAUCUGGACUAUGGAUGAAUCGGGAACACUACUUGUCUGGGGGCCGGAUGAGAAAGCAGUUGCAAACAUUACAGGACAUCCCACGCAGAGCUACAAGCUUCCGAAAGGACACACACAUUCCAUGGUCAUAGGGGAUUAUCUUUGGCAUGCAACAGGCAAGGAGAUUCGAGUAUUUGCGCCGACAGCUGACGGGCGUACCCAAUUCCAAGUGCUCGUUCGUCCCCUGAUCGCGGAUAGUGCCGGCGAGGUUACUUCGGGCACUCUUGUCAAGUCACAUCCGGAUAAGGUCUUCUUUGGUCAUGUGGAUGGCAAGGUGACUGUCUACAAUACCAAUGACUAUUCAUGCGUAAUGAUGAUGAAUAUCAGCACAUGGAAGAUCAACGCAUUGGCGAGUGCAGGCAACUACAUCUGGGCAGCGUACAACACCGGCAAAAUAUGUGUAUAUGACGUGGAGGAGGCACCUUGGGUCAUUCUCAAAGAGUGGCAGGGGCAUGAGAAUCCCAUUGUCAAGAUGGCCGCCGACCCCUCUUGCUCAUAUUUCCUGGACCGACAGCAAAUUAUUUCAUUGGGGGCUGACAACAAGAUUAAAGCUUGGGAUGGCUUGCUUGAGGAUGACUUCCUCGAAGAUUCAAUGAAGUCAAAAGAUACCCAAUACUGUGACUUUGACGAAAUACGAGCACUAUUCUUUACUUGGAACGCCGGAGCAUCGACACCUUCGAGUCUACGACAUUCCGGUGGCGAUUCGACAUUCUUUCAAGAUCUUGUUCAGUCGAGUGGCUCGCCAGAUAUCCUUGUGUUUGGUUUCCAGGAACUUGUGGACUUGGAGGACAAGAAAUUGACGGCUAAGCGAUUCUUGAAGCCCAAGAAGAAAGAAGCAGGAACAGACCAGGAACGGAUGAGCCACCAAUAUCGGGACUGGCGUGACUUUUUGAUGAAGACCCUCGACGACUACAUGCCAGCGGACGAUUUAUACCACCUCCUUCAUACAGCACCUAUGGUUGGAUUGUUCACCUGUGUCUUUGUGAAAGCAACCCUACGUGACAGGAUCAGGGGGCUCCAAGGCGCCGAAGUCAAGCGAGGUAUGGGUGGUUUGCACGGUAACAAGGGCUGCGUUGCUGUGCGCUUCCGAGUUGAUGAUACUUCCAUCUGCCUUGUCAAUUGCCAUCUGGCUGCUGGGCAGUCACAAGCGAACGCCCGACACAAUGACAUUGCUGCCAUUUUGGAAGCUAAUCUGUUCGCUGUUGAACGAGAUUCUGCUGCUCGCAUUGACAGCUUCGUAGGUGGUGGUGAUGGCAGUCUGAUCAUGGAUCAUGAGUUGUGUAUUCUCAAUGGCGACUUGAACUACCGAAUCGACACCAUGUCUCGCGAUACAGUGGUUACAGCAGUCAAGCAGAACAAUCUGGGCAAACUCCUCGAACGUGAUCAGCUUUUGGUGGCACGAAGACGAAAUCCAGCAUUCAAGCUUCGAGCCUUUGAAGAAAUGCCCAUCACAUUUGCGCCAACUUACAAGUACGACGUUGGUACUGACAACUACGACACCAGCGAGAAGAGACGAAGCCCUGCAUGGUGUGAUCGACUACUAUACAGAGGACGAGGCCGUGUUGAGCAAUUUGAUUACAGACGGCAUGAGGUCCGAGUGAGUGACCACCGUCCUGUAACUGGAACUUUCAACCUUUGGGUCAAGAAGGUCGAUCCAAGAGGUCGAGCAACAGCUUGGAUGGAAAGCCAACAGAGCUUCGAAGAUAUGCGGGAGAAAGAAACGUCCGAAGACAAGUGA